AUGAAUAACGAAGUUGCUAAGAAGAGAAAGCUAGAGCUUGUCUCCUCUGGUAGUGGUUAUGCCUCGAGAAUAUUUGCUCCUUUCAGGAUCGUAGGUAAUGUCAGCAACGGAACUCCAUAUGCUAUUGGGACCCUAGGUUCAACUUUCUAUAUUGUCACAAGUGUUGGUAAGUCAUUUCAGAUAUAUGAUGCAAACAAUUUACAUCUUCUGUUCGUUUCUGAGAAGGAAACAGAAUCCAAUAUUGUAGCACUUGCGACUCAUUACCAUUAUGUGUUUGCAUCUUAUGAUAAUAAGAUUGGUGUGUAUAAACGUGGUAUUCAAGAGCAUUGUAUUGAGUUGGACUCACCAAAUGCUGUAAUCAGACAUAUUUGCAACUUUGGUGACUAUUUAUGUGUGUCCACCGAUGAGAAUAUUGUUUAUAUUUACAAGAAAUCAAGCCCAAAAGAAAAGUAUGCUACCAAAUUUUAUACUAAAUUACAAAUUACGAAAUUACAAGGUGGGGAUAUUGUAUCUAUUAUUCAUUUACCAACUUAUUUAAAUAAAUUGGUAGUUGUUACCAAGUCAAAUGUGAUUCUAUAUAACAUACGUUCCGGUAAACUAAUUUUCACUUCUGAUGAAUUCCCAGAUCAAAUUACUACCUGCGAGCAAGCUCCGGCCUUAGAUAUCAUUGCACUUGGUACUGUAACUGGUGAUAUUAUCAUGUACAAUCUGAGAAAGGGGAAGAAAAUCCGUACUAUCAAAGUUCCACAAUUAAGAAUUUCGUCUAUUUCUUUCAGAACUGACGGUUCUUCCCAUAUAUGUAUUGGUGGUACUAAUGGUGAUUUAGUAUUUUAUGAUCUAGAACGUAGAUCUCGUAUUCAUGUAUUGAAAGGUGUGCAUGGUGAAUCAAUGGGAGGUGUUACUAAAGCUUCUUUCCUAAAUGGUCAAGCUAUUGUCGUUACAUCAGGUGGUGACAAUUCUUUGAAGGAAUAUGUUUUCGAUCCAUCAUUAUCUCAAGGUCCCGAAGAAGAAAACGUUGUUCAACCACCAAGGUUUUUAAGAUCGAGAGGUGGGCAUUCACAACCGCCAUCUCGUAUCUUAUUUGCAGACGAUGAAUCACAUUUCCUUCUUUCUGCAUCAAGAGAUAGAUCACUAUGGGGUUUCUCCUUGAGAAAAGAUGCCCAAUCCCAAGAGCUAUCUCAAAGAUUGCACAAGAAAAAUGACGGUAACAGGGUAGGUGGUAGUACUAUCAAGGGCAAGUUCGAAGAGAUUGUGUCUAUGGCAAUUGAAAAUACUAGAUUAGGUGAAUGGGAAAAUGUCAUUACUGCUCAUAAGAAUGAAAAGUUUGCUCGUACCUGGGAUAUGCGUAAUAAGAGAGUUGGUAGAUGGACAUUCAAGACUACAGAUGAUGGGUUUGUUAAAUCCGUCGCACUAUCUCAAUGUGGUAAUUUUGGUUUUGUUGGUUCAUCCAAUGGUGACAUCACUGUUUAUAAUAUGCAGAGUGGUAUUAUCCGUAAGAAAUAUCGUUUACACAAGAAUGCUGCUGUCACUGGUAUUGAACUUGAUGGUAUGAACCGUAAGAUGGUAUCAUGUGGUUUAGAUGGUCUUAUUGGGUUUUAUGAUUUUAACAAAUCUACAUUAUUAGGCAAACUGCAAUUGGAUGCACCAAUCACCAGAAUGGUUUAUCAUCGUUCAUCGGAUUUAUUUGCUGUAGCACUAGAUGAUUUCUCAAUUGUAGUCGUUGAUUCGGUCACACAAAGGGUUGUACGUCAAUUGUGGGGUCAUAAUAAUAGAAUUACUGCUUUUGAUUUUUCACCAGAUGGUCGUUGGAUUGUAUCGGCAUCCUUAGACUCUACCAUGAGAACAUGGGAUUUACCUACGGGAGGUUGUAUAGACGGUGUGAAACUUGACAGCAUUAUCACAGAUUUGAAAUUUUCGUCUAAUGGUGAUAUGUUAGCAACAACUCAUGUUACCGGAAAUGGUAUCUGUAUGUGGACAAAUAGAGCACAAUUCAAGGCCAUCUCAACAAGAAUGGUUGACGAAGAAGAGUUCCAAAAGAUUCAAUUACCAAAUGCAUCUGUCUCUGGUAAUAGUUCUGUUCUAACAGGUGCGUUGACCAAUGAAAGAGAUAUUGAUGAUGAUCAAAAUUUCAGUACAUACAAAUCGUUAGAACAAAUCGACAAGGAACUAAUAACGUUAUCUAUUGGACCAAGAAAUAAGAUGAAUAUGUUACGUAAUUUGGAUAUUAUCAAACAACGUUCAAAGCCAGCUGAAGCCCCUAAGAAACCAGAACAAGCACCAUUUUUCUUACAAUUGAAGGGUGCUGGAGUUGGUGAUGAUGCGUCUGGUAGAGAAGGUAUCGCAUAUGAGACACCUGAACAAAUCCUUGCAAAUGAAUCUGAGGUUCAAAAGCAAACAGAUGCUAUUGAUGAGGUUACGAAAUUCAAACCAACAGGUCGCGUUGGAUUUGAAUCAAAAUUCACUAGAUUAUUAAGAGAAGGUGGUGCCUCUGGCGACUAUGGUUUGUUCCUUGAAUAUUUAUUAUCUUUAUCAGUUGGUGGUAUUGAUUUAGAGAUUAGGUCACUGAAUUCAUUUGAACCGUUUGAUGAAAUCUCUUGGUUCAUUAGUGCAGUUACGACAGGUUUAGAAAGUAACAAGAAUUCUGAAAUGUACGACGCAUUUAUGAAUGUAUUAUUCAAAGUACAUGGUGACGUUAUUCAUAUGAAUGCCAAGGAUGAGAAAAUUAAAGAAGCCUUGGCCAAUUGGGAAAUAGCGCAUGAACCUAAGGAAAGACUAGAUGAUAUUAUAAAAUUCUGUUCCAGUGUCAUAAAUUUCGUAUCUACUACAUAG